GUGACUCGCUUGACUCACGUAGCAGCAUGACACGAGUUUUGUGAUCUCGGGUGUCCGACGAGCAGUGUGGUGAGGAGUGACAGGGCUAGAAGAAAGCGUGAGUGAACGCACUCGCACGAGAUUGUUUGAGCGCGAGAUCGCGAGACUGUAGACAUAGAUUCCCAUCCGGGACACGCGGCGUUUGCUGUUUGACAUUUCGCGCGACACCAACUUUCCUUAUCUCUUGAUUUUUUCUCCCGCGCCAGCGACAUCGGGAAAACGAUAACACGCAUACGUUGACUUGACGUUAGGGUUAGCGCUCCUACGAGGAAGGUGUGCGACCACCAAUCACCCCGAGAUGGCCGGUGCGAUGCUAUUUGAGCGGGCUCAGGCCGUUUCGAUGACGAACCGCAGCGAGGGUAUCUCUUUGCUCAACGAAAUCGUCUCGGAUCCGAGCAUCGGAGUCGCCGAUGACGACGAAGACAACAUCCGCGUCAAGGAGCAGGGUAUCCUGCAUCUGGGCGAGCUGUAUAAAAAGGAGGGUAAGGCGAAGGAGCUGGCCGACCUGAUCAAAGCCACCAGACCGUUCCUUAGUCUUAUUAGCAAAGCAAAGGCUGCCAAGCUUGUGCGAUCCUUGGUGGACUUCUUCCUGGAUCUGGAGGCUGGUAUAGGUAUUGAGGUGCAAUUGUGUAAAGAAUGCAUAGAAUGGGCAAAGGAAGAACGCAGAACGUUUUUAAGGCAAUCGUUAGAAGCCCGCUUAAUAGCUCUUUACUUCGACACGGGCAUGUUCAGUGAAGCGUUGCAAUUAGGGUCUGCUCUCCUCAAGGAACUCAAAAAACUGGAUGACAAACAACUGCUAGUAGAGGUUCAAUUGUUAGAGAGUAAGACAUAUCAUGCACUGAGCAAUUUAGCGAAAGCAAGAGCAGCGCUUACCAGUGCCAGGACGACUGCCAACGCGAUUUAUUGUCCACCUAAAAUGCAAGCAGCUCUAGAUCUACAAUCAGGAAUAUUGCAUGCUGCGGAUGAACGAGACUUCAAGACUGCUUAUUCUUAUUUUUAUGAAGCCUUUGAAGGAUAUGACAGUGUUGAAAGUCCCAAGGCGUUGACUGCGCUCAAAUACAUGCUACUGUCUAAAAUCAUGUUGCGCACACCAGAGGACGUUCAAGCUAUUAUGUCUGGCAAAUUGGCGGUAAAAUACGCAGGAUUAGAUCUAGACGCAAUGCGUGCGGUAGCUGAAGCUAGCCACCGACGAUCAUUAGCAGAUUUUCAGAAGGCAGUUAAGCAAUACCGGCAGGAAUUAGAAGACGACGUAAUUGUACGUGCACACCUUGGUUCUCUCUAUGAUGCUAUGCUGGAGCAAAAUUUAUGUCGUUUAGUCGAACCUUAUUCACGAGUUCAGGUGAGUCAUAUUGCCUCGUGCAUAUCUCUGCCAUUGGCACAAGUAGAAAAGAAACUAUCGCAAAUGAUUCUGGACAAGAAACUGCGAGGAGUUCUCGAUCAAGGAGAAGGUGUUUUAAUUGUAUUCGAGGAUACACCUCGCGAUAAAACUUACGAAAUCGCAUUAGACACAAUACACAGCAUGGGAAAAGUCGUUGAUACACUUUACCAGAAAGCCAAGAAACUCACCUAGCCUUAUUUAAUAUGUAUUUAUACAAGAAAAAAUUUAUCACAAUUAUUAUAACCAUUAUUAAUUAGUUAUUCUCAUUAAAUACUAUCGAUUAACUGUA